ACUCGCGCCCACACGGCCCUGCCACCUCUACAUACAUAGAGGUGCAUGACAGCUGCUGAGUACGCUUGUUCUGCACUCCAGAACUCCCAAUAGGCACUGUCCGCGUGCACACACGAAACACUCCCACCACCACCGCCAGUACAUCUAAGCAGCCUUUCCAAUGGACGCAGGCAGCAGCAGCAACAGCGCAGCAGCAGCAUCAGCAGCAGUAGGAGUAGUAGAGAACAGCAUUGGGACUGGGAAGUCCGCCACACAGAUCAAGUCUUCGACAGAGAGCAUGGUGACAGUACGACUUUCGGACGCGGAGCUGCCAGAGACCUGCACGACGACAUCCACGCCCUCGCCGACACCGACACUGAAGCUUGUGGACGAGAAAUCCGAGGAGUACAUACUCGCCGACAACGAGCCGAUGCGGAGCAGCUCUUCGCUCGAGGCAUUGAUGGAGGAGAUGGAGGAUCAGAACGAGUGCGAGGUGGAUAACUCGGUGGAUUGGGCGGGUCUGGAAAAGACGGAAGACGAGCACCCAAAAGAUCAAUCGGCAGAAGAGGGAACUGCUUUCCUUCUUGCGCGGCUCGAGCAGGAGAAUAAACGAUUGGAGAAGGAUCCGAAAGCUAUGAUCAUCCAUCCCGAGAGACCACCAUCUCUCUCCAAGCUGAGGCAGAUGAUGGAUAAUCCCGACCCCAACACCCUGCGCUAUUCGAUGCUGCCGGCCCCGCCGCCGCUGACCGAUCUCGACUUUUAUGCGGCGCUGGUGGCCGAUUACAACAGGGCGGCAUCGAAGCUGCCGUAUCUCCUGAGCAAGAAGAUCCGCGAGGGUGUCCCACCUCCGCUCAGAGGAGUCGUGUGGACCGCCAUGUCCGGCGCCAGAGACUGCAAUCUGGAAGGAUUGUACGAUCAAUUGCUCGGCGAAACAUCGCCGUACGAGCAGUUGAUCGGUAAAGACGUUGGCCGGACCGGUCUCGAGAUGUUCAGUCAAGAGGGAGGAGAGGGGCAGCGCAUGCUGGGCAGAGUCCUGAGGGCUUUCAGCAUAUACGAUACGCAGAUUGGAUACUGUCAAGGACUUGGGUUCUUGGUCGGUCCGCUUUUGAUGCAUAUGGGCGAAAGGGAGGCGUUCUGUGUGCUUGUCCGGCUGAUGGAGCAUUACGACCUUCGGUCUUGCUUCCUUCCUAAUCUGUCCGGGUUGCAGCUGCGGAUGUACCAAUUCACGCAGUUGAUGGCCACCCACCUCCCCGACCUCGCUAACCACCUCGACAAUCUGGGUAUCCAGCCGACUUAUGCUUCGCAGUGGUUCCUCUCCUUUUUCGCCGUCACGUGUCCGUUGCCCAUGCUGUUCCGGAUCUACGACGUGAUCUUCGCCGAGGGCGCCACGGAGACGAUGAUGCGCGUGGCGCUCUCGCUGAUGCGUCGCAACCAAAAGAGGAUUCUGGCGGCGGCAGAGUUCGAGGAUGUGAUGCAGAUGCUGCUUUCGAGGUCGCUGUGGGAUGCUUUCCAGUGUAACGCCGACGACCUCGUCCAGGAUUUCGUGGGGCAGUCUGGGAUAGUCACCCGGGAUAUCCUGGCGGACCUGGAAAGGAAAUACAAGGACGUCAACUCGGAUGAAAUGGUCAAACUUACCCCUGCGAAGUCGCAGACCUCGGAACUGCAAGCCGCUGCGUCCAGGUUUCUCGGAAGACUGUGGGGGGGCGCGACAAACGUUACGUUGUCCGUUCCGUCCAGACCUUCGAGCACCAUCGUCAUGCAGAGAUCACCGUCAAAACAUAGCCUAUCGACACUCAACUCCUUCGACACCACCGAGAGCGGGACCACGGAUGCAACGACGAUGUCGCGGUGUUCUUCCAUCAACGACGACCGCCGGCUAUCGACCCGAUCGAUCGGGUCCCGCAAAGCCAACAAGGACCUCGAGCUCCACAACCAGAUCGAAGAUCUCCUCGUUGCGCUCAGCGGUCUGCAACGCGAACACGCUACGAAGAUGGAUGAACUCCACGCCGUCAGGGAGUCCCGAGAAGAGGAACGGAAGCUCACGAAGCGACUGGUCGAGCUGUUGGGCAGUGGGUCCAGCGACGAAGAGGAGAGCGUGGACGAGAUCAGCGAUCUGUGCGACCAGAUCUCGGACCGAAUCGAGAAGGAGGAGUCCGAGGAGACGCUCGAGGCAUCACGAUCAGCUGCGACACAGCUCUCGCGAGAACUCCAGCAGGUGCGAGAGCAACUUUCGCGGGAAAUGAUCAAAUCCCGAAACCUUGCGAACCGUCUGGCGGAACAGGACGCCGAUGUGGUCAGGUUAAAGAGCCAGCUGCUCGAUACCCGCGGGAAAUGGCAGGAUAUCCAGAAAGAAAACCAGCAGCUCCAGAAAUCGCUCAGCGACAUGCGGCAGAGGCGGGGCAGCGAGGACUGCCCCACGUCCCCUGGCGAUUCUAAGAGUUCCGGAGGUGGAGGAGGAGGACUCCGUGAGCUCCGGCUGGGCCGCUCGAAUUCAGGAUCCAAGAAAAGCCCCAUGCCUCCGCCAAUCUUCAACAAGCGAUCUAGCAGUCUCGGGAUGCAGUCGAUCCUUGCCCAGUCCGAGAAUCAUGCGCCGCCACCCGAAGACGCGCUGCUCUUGGAGCUGGUGGCGGCCAAAACUGCGGAGGCCGUCGCAAAACAGGAGGCCGAGGAGGCGAAGGCGAAAUUGGAAGCCCUAAGGAAGGUUCUCACUGGUACCGCUACCGCCGUCACAAAUGUUACGCCAGGAUAUCUCGGUGGCUCCUCGGGGUUCCCGUUCGCAUCUGCCGCGAGCUCGCCUACUGUCACCACACCCGGUAGUGCCACAAGUGGCGGCGGCGGCGGAUGGUUCGGUGGUGGAUGGGGAGCCAAGCGGACAGCGAGUGUAGACUCGCGAUAGCUCUGAAUCUUCCACUUCCUUGGGUACCGGUGUGGAUAGGAUAUAUUUGGUGUUUUGUUGUGGGUUUUUUUUCAUAUCUUUUUUUUCCGGAUGGUUUGGUUUGUUUGGUUGAAUGGAUAUUUGGAUUGGAUUUUUCUUUACUGUUUGUGGCGACAUACCCCCCUCCCUCACUCCCCCCUCCUCCAUCAAGUCGAGUCUUCUACACACGUUUUUCACGGCUGCAAUGGAGUAAUCUGUCGUUUCUCUUUGUCUCUUUGUCUCUUUUUCUCUCUUCACAUUCGUGUACAUAUACCUUCCUUUCACUGUUAUUAUACCUCCUAUAA